GCUUGCCAGCUUACCCCAAAGAACUGACAAAUAGUUCUGAAAAAAAAAAGAACGUUUAUCAUUAUAUUCAUUCUUAUAAAUUUAUACACGAAUGUGAUGGAUAUCACUUGCAACAUUGUUAAAAUAACCUACAAGCUCUAUCAACAGUCUUAGUAAUCUGGUAUGCUGGCCCCAUUUAAAAAAAUAUUACAAACUCCUUGAUUAAAUUUAGCAUCGCCAUAAAACAAAAAACUUUGUAAUAUGUCAUUGUUUGUCGAAGUUACAUUCGCGAAAAUGUCAGCAAAUUUAGUAGUUCACAAAUUUGAAACCGGCAUUAAUUUCAAGUCUCUACAAAUUACAAUAAUUGAAGAUGGCAACAACGGUUCUUCUGGGGUCAGAUACGGGGAAUGGAUCGAUGGCAAGAAUCAACAGAAAAAGACAGACAGCGAGAAGUCCUCUAGGUUAAUCGUUAAAAUAGUCUCUGGCUGUGAAUAUAACAAUUUGAGCUUAGACUCUUGCGCUAGAGAAAUAGAUAAUUCAGAUAUUUGUUACAACAAUGGAACGGAAAUGUUCCAUUUAAACGACGCCAAACAAAAUUUAAAUCUAUUAUGUUUUGAAAAGAACGAGUCUGAAAAAUCUUGCUCCAUCGCACCUUUUUACGUGCCUGAGGGAAACAACAGUAGAUCAUUUUACGUACCUGAGGAAAUCAACUACCAAAUUAAUAGUUUUAAUAACCACAAUGACGAAACAACACGAGGGAACUCUCAGAAUUUAGUAAAUCAAUCUGUAAACUAUCAACAGGAUUGUAGAAAUACGGCUAUUAACAACUUGGAGUCCCCCAUAAGCCCUUUAGAAUACAGUCUCGAGAAAGUCAAGGAAAACAAUGCACGGAUUAUGGAGAAUAUUCACAUGCUCAAUAGAACCUUAAAUUAUACUAAAAAGGAAGAAAUACUAGAUAUAGUUUGUCCUAAAUCUAUGAGGUUUCCAUGCAACAAUUGUGGUAAAUGCUUUGUGUACGAAACGGGGCUUAAAAGGCAUUAUUCCAUGAGACAUUCUAUCUCCGAAAUGCAGCCGCGAUGGCAAGUCGUUUGGACGUGCACAGAGUGUUUCCAAGUUUGGCCUCGACAAGAUCUGGCGAUAAAACAUUCAAAUAAAUGCUGCAAAACUAGUAACACAGACUGCGUCCGAGAAAUAAAAACUUCCUCUUUAUUGCAAUGCGAGUUCUGUGAAAAAGUUUAUACUAGUAUUCCGAGACUCUUGCGACAUUCUAAGAUUCAUACAACAGCAAAUAACUAUGAAUGCAAUGCUUGUGAAUCAACAUUUCUUUCGUACAAAGCUGCGGAACAACAUUGGCUUUUUUGCCCCUGGUUGAAAAUGUGUUACAGUUUCUCGUUGCCUAAAAUGUUACUGUGCAACGCUUGCGAUCGCAAAUUUAAAAACUACGAGCAGUUAUAUAAUCAUAGAUAUAAAGUUGGUCAUUUCAUGACCAAAACUCACUGCCACAAGGGUAGUGUGAAAGCCCUCGGAAUAUUAGUUUACCAGUGCGAGAUUUGCGCUCAAUGGUUCACAGCCAUACCGUCUCUUCAAAAUCAUAGGAGUCAGCAUCAUUCCGUUUAUGACUCUGGGAUGCAAUGUAAAAUCGAAAACUACGAAUACAAUAACAACUAUUACGAGACUGCUGAAAUUGACUACCAAGUGAACCACUUGGAUAACCAGCAAUACCUAUAAUUGAUUGUUAUUAUUUGAUAUAUCAUGUUCAGGAUUACACCUGUAUGAGA